AUGAAUUUUAUCAAGGGUAUAUUCAAUAAAGUUGUAGGAACUUAAUAACCUUUAAUUGAAUAAGAGAUAUUUGAUUUUGUAAUUUUAGGAACAUGCUUUAAAUAAGAUGAAGCUAAAUUUACUAAAUUGUAAUUAAAAUUACUAUACUUAGAUCAUCUAAUACAGAAUUUGUAUUCGACAAAUUAUCAAAUGACGAAUAUGAUCAUAUUCUAAUUGUUAGAUUGAAUAGAGCCUCUAAGACUUAUAGUAAUGUAAUUAGUUCAAAAGAAGGAGAUUUAUAUUUUAAUAUUUCAUUUUUUAAAUCAAUUCACCAUUCAUUAUUAAAUGAUGAUAUAGAAGAGUUUAGUUUAGAUUUGAUGUAUGAUUUUUAUUAUUAAUUUAGAGAUAUUUAAGGUAUUAAAUGGAGUUUGAGGAUGCAUUUUUUAAAGAAUACAAAGUCAGACAUUUUAAAAAUUGAAAAUUUUAAAUUAAAUUUGAGCAAGCUAAUUUGGAUUCAUAAAAAUAAGAAGGCUCUUCCAAAAAAUUAAACUGAAUUAAAUAAUUUGUUACCUACAAAAUAACCUUCUAAAUUAGAGAUGCAUAAUUUAGUUUAAUAGAAAUAAAUGAAAAAAACACUUAAAAAAGUGGAUAGAUCAAUAUUAUCAUAAGUAACAGAAAGAAAUAGAUAAGAAAAAGAAAUUAUUGGAGAUGUUAUCAAUUAUUUUUUGCAGCAAGAUAUUGAUUCUAUAAAAUAAAUUUAUGCUGGAAAAUUAUAUGUGCUUUAUCCAGAAUUAGCAGAAGUUAGACUCAUAAAUCCAUUAGUUAUAAUGGCUUUAAAUAUUAUAUCUAAAACAGAGUGUAGAAUGGAAUUAUAUAAUUAAGAUAGACAAUUACUUUUGAUUUAAUCUUUAAAAGACUUCAUAAGUUUUGAAGUAGAUAAAGAUUAGAAUUACUUGAGUUGGGUUUAUUUUGAUGGCUUAAAUUCCAUAGUAAUAUAUUUCAAAUUCGAUAUUUUGGAUGGAGCCACAUCUAUGGGUUUUAUUUUAUAAAAGUCUAGAAUUUUUAUGAAAUAAAAAAAAAAUUUAUAAUUAGAUACUUCCACAUCUAGUUCAUUUAGUUAAGUUUCAACUGCAACUACAAUAAAUUUAAAUGAGAUAUAGGACUAAUAAAUUUAAUAGAAAAAAUAAAAAAAGUAUAAAUAUUAAGAUCAUUUAAAUACUCUAAAAUAAGGUUUGAAAACAACGUCUACAAAAAAAAUUAUUCAUAAUGAAAUUGAUGAUUUAAUAAUUUUAGAAGAUAAAACGAUAUCAUUAAUUAAAAAAAAUAAGUCAUUUUAAAUUAACUAAGAAAUUAUAUUUGAUAAAACAUAUUUUAGCAAAAGUUUGGAGAAAUUAGUCCUCUAUUAAUAAUUUUCAUAAGAAUUAAAUCUAAUAGACUUACAAACCGAAACAUAAGAAAUGAUUAAAUUAAAUUUUUAGAUUGCAGAUGUUUGGCAUCAUGAAAAAUAAUUCAUAUUAUUAAGCAAUAAAUCAGUUUAUGUUCUUGACUAAGACAAAGCUAUAAAAAAAAGUAAUCUAAAAAUUUUAAUUAUAUAUUAGUUUAUGAAAUUGAUUAAAAUUAGAAGGACAACUAUAUAAUUGUGAGAUGUUCAAUAAGUGGAUCUAUAGUUAUCGGAACAUAAUUAGGUCUCUUAUGUGUAUUUGAUAAUAUUAAAACAAUGAAAUAAAUCAAUAUAUUUGAAGGAUUAGGUGAUUAGAUUUAAGAUAUAGCACUAAGUUCAGAUGAAAAGUAAAGAUGUGUAAUAAAUUAGAUUUAUUAUUAUAAAUAAUUUCUAAUAUAUUUAAUACUAAUAAAUAGUAACAAAUAAUUAGAACGGUUAUUAGUAAAAGUUAGAUUUAAAACUAUUUCCAAUUAAAGUUUAAUUAAAUCCUGAAGAUUUAAUUUUAAUGGGAAUAUUUAAUUUUCCAAAUUACUAGCAUGUUAGAAUAGAUAAGAAUAAUAAAGUUAUAGCAGCUUAACUGGAAAAUUUACAGGUGAUUUGGAAUGUUGGAUAAAUAGUUAAUCAGCAACAAAAUUCUUAUCAAGUAUAAAAAAACAAUAAAUUAGAUUUUUAUUCUCCCUGAAGAAAUUUUUGAUUAAUCAUAUAGAGAGGAAGAUUUAAUAAUUCUUUCAGAAUCAAAUAUAUAUAUAAGAGAAUGUGAUUGAUAUAAUUAAAAAUAUAUAAAUAACUGGC